AUAUAUGAAUAAUUAAAGGGAUCAAAAGUGCAAUUUUCAUUUUCCUAUUUAAGCUAUUUUUUUGCGGCGCAAGUAUAGUGUAAAAUCAAUCAGUCAAAAUCACAAAAAAUGUCUCCGGCGACUCCUCAAUCCUCCGCCGCCGCCACAACCACCACCUCCGCCGCCGCUCCCGCCGCCGCUUCUGCCGCCGUCAGCCACCGUCAAUUUCACCCCAAUUCCAACCUAAACCCUAACAAAAUCGACCUAAAAAACCCUAACAAUUCCCGUUUCUCUUCUUCCAAAAUCGAACCCGAUAUGCCCGACCCGAAUUCCUCUACCGGGAACUCCGCCGCACGUUGCUCAUCAUCAACGCCGUCUACGAUCAAAAUCGACGGUUGCGAAGAAGACGAAAUUUUAGCUCAAUCGAAGUUUUUACAUAGAAUGGAAGUACUAAAGCGGAGGCAUCGAAGGACGAAGCAAUUACAGAAAAUAUAUAGAGAUUGUUACUGGUCGUUAAUGGAGGAAGUGAAGUUGAAGCAUAGAGAGUAUUGUUGGAAAUUCGGGAUGAGUACUUUUCAGGAAGAGGAUGAUAAGGAUGGAAAUCAAGGAGCUGGAGAGAAUAACAAUGGAGGAAAUGCGGUGGUGGUUAAUAGUAAUACGUGUGAAGUUCAUGGAUGUAAAUCGAAGGCAAUGGCGCUUACGAGGUUUUGUCAUAUGCAUAUAUUGUCUGAUUUGAAACAGAAGCUUUAUAAGGCUUGCAAUUAUGUCAUCAAAAGUUCGCCAACAGGGCCAAUACUUUGUGGAAAGCCAAUAUUGAGGUCUACAGUUCCUUCCUACUGCUCUCUUCAUUUUCAGAAGGCUGAGAAGCACGUGGCACGGGCUUUAAAGAAGGCAGGCCUUAACGUCUCUAACACAAGUAAACUAGCCCCUAAGUUCCAUGUUAUCGUUGCAGAAUAUGUUAGCCAGAUCCAAAACAGAAGAAGAGCUGCACAAAAAGCAAAUCUAGAGAUUGUCGAGGUAAAAGACGAGAACAGCUCUUAAGGCCCCGCAUCACGUAAAACAGGAGCCUGUAUAUUUGGUUAAAUAGGAUUUCGCGUGGGGAGAUGCAGGAAUUAUAACUUGGAAGAGAGCUUGUGCAUGUAUAAAGGGUAUUGCAAUCUAACCGGAUUUCGUCUAAUUGUUAGCUUGGUCAAUUCAAUAUGUUCUGCUUAUGUUGGUGUAACAAGAAACAACAAUUCAGUUGUACUUUUAACUGAUUUUUUGUUAAAUAAAGUUCAUUUUUGAACUUGACA